GUCAAGGAUUACAGACGUGAAGUAAAGGAUGGGACCCAGGAAUAUAACAUGAUGCCCCUAGGAUAAGUGAUUCCCUUCAUUAGGUCAGUAACGUUCUUCACGCCUUCAUGUCGCACGAUCCUGGGCAAUAGAGAAAGAAAGAACGCGGCUCUACAGGGAGCGAGCUCUUGCUUGUACCUAGGUCUAGGUAAUUUGCUAGGUUUUAUGCCCAGUAUUUGGAUCGACGGUCACAAUGCAGCAUCUCCCCCCAAAUGGUUUCACCCAAAGAAACAUGAACAACCACGACCAUUGAAUUCUUGAUCUGUCAACCCCCGAUACACGACAUUUCAAUCUGUGUUUUAACACUUAAAAUUCGAGACGAGACGGUCGCGUAUGGCAGACCAAGUUCAAGCUAUCUGACAUAAAUCAUCCGAGCGACGACGGCGACGAGGAUCCCGGCAGCUCUAAGCUCUCCCAUCUUGAACCUUAAUCCGACAUCAGUGGCUCGGCCCGGCCACCCACAACAAGACCCAGCUGCACUCCCUCCAUAGCGAUAGAAAGACAUCUUACUGCCACACGGCAGUCGGCUGCUGCCUACGUCUGCGAAUCACAGGCACUACUUAACUCUCCAGGCGCGAUUGUGCGCUUCUCUCAUGGCUGCAUGGCGACCGAGGUGACAGCCUCAGCGCCGGGCGACAUUACUACCACGACAGCCCCUCAUCAAUCAUCUUCCUCUCAGUCCCCGCUGUUUGCUGAUGACAAUCGAGGCGCGGAUCUCCAAAAUGAUACAGCCCACACUGCAAGUAGAAUCUCGCCCGUACAAUCACCAGUGACGGCCCCGCCAUAUUGGUCGCCCAGUCAGAGCGAUCCGCCGCGAUUCUUUGGCGAACACGGCGUCAGCGGCAGAGCACCGCCGCCCCAUAACGGCUCGACUGAGAGCGUUGCGCCCAUCAAUGCCAUCAUGAUGCAUGAUAAUGAGACGGCUGGCGAAGAUGCGACCCCAGAGCGAGUGUCGGGCCGUGAUCGCAACCGCGCCUGCUGGGCCAAAAGCGUGUCUGUAACCGACUACGUCAUCGUCAACAGCAGCACCACCAACAUCGGGGCCUUUGUGGUAUGGAACAUCAGGGUCGAGACUUUGAGCGGCUCGUACAUGAAUAUAAGAAAGCGCUACUCAGAGUUUGACGACCUCAGGCACAAGCUAAUGGUGACAUUUCCAAACUUCGAGGCUGCUGUACCGGUCUUGCCGCCCAAGAGCGUCAUUGCAAAGUUCCGACCCAAGUUCUUGGAGAAGAGGCGCUCGGGGCUGCAGUACUUUUUGAACUGCAUUCUGCUCAAUCCAGAGUUUUCAGGGUCGCCCGUGCUGAAAGACUUCCUCUUCUCCUGAAUUGUGAGGAUUGAAAUGCCGUGUAUUGCACAUAAACGCAGGCGGCAACAUAAAGAAUACAUCUGAAUAACGUGUCGGCUAUUCAAGUAACUAAUCGUAUUCACGCAAAGUCAUGAAGAGGGUCCGGCAUCAAGUUGGACUUGACUUGAAAUAGUCGGCACCCACCAUGCCACUCAUUACACAAUCGAGAACCUUGAUUCCAUGAAGGCGUAUAUGGCACAGCUGAUAGGCAUUCUCGCAUUGAUAUCGGACACAUAUUUUCUAAUUGGACAGGGGAGCCACGCAGUGGAAUAUCAUAUCAUACACCGGGGGAAACACAGAACAGUUUCUUGCCCAAAGAAGGAUGCUAUGAGCCAAUAAUCAUAGCAGUGGUCGAAUAAUCAAGAAAAACAGCUUUAUCUAACAUCGAUUUCUAAGUCCUAGUGCUACACUCGAUACAUGUUGAUUCUUAUCAGCGCCCCUUUCAAGUUUUACUCGUCAUAACCGGUUGACUUUGCGAUGUCCUCCCACUCUUCCAACAGCUUGAGUGUUUCUUGGCACUUCUUCCUAAUGACGUCAACAGCAUCACUUCCCAGCACCAACCUCGGCGGGAUCUCCUUGCCCUCAGCGACGCCCGUCUUUGUCAGGACGUCGACCGUAACCUUGGCCCCCUUGAGCACGUCGCCCGGCUGCUUGUUGUUGCUGAGCUCCAGCGCCGCCUUGUACUUGCCGACCGCGCUGUCCUCGCCGUAAAUGUCACUCUUUGGCUCCGAGGCCUGCACGCGCCUGCUCUUCCCGCCGGCCGUGUUGAGGAUCUCGGUCCGGAAGUAGCCGGGCUCGAUUGUACACGCUGCGAUGCCGAACUCAGACACCUCUUCGCGGAUCCCCUCGCACAAGCCCGAGACGGCCCACUUGGUGCUGCAGUAGUGCGCCACCGCCGCGCCGCCGAUCCAGCUCCCCAGGCUGCCAAAGUGUGCAAUGACAGGCUGCACGCCCGCGCUGCCGUCGGCCGCCACCGCCCUCAGCCCUGGCAUCACUGCCUUGGUGAUGUUGACGGCCCCGAGCACGUUGGUCCGGUAAAUGGCCUCGCUUUCGGCGGCUGUGGCUUCCUCCAUCGCGGCUUCGAGCAGGUAGCCGGCGGCGUUGAGCACGUGUGUGACGGUACCGAUCUCGGCCAUCUUGGAGGCCAGCUCGGCGUCGGACGCCGUCACGUCCAGCGCCAUCGUUUUGGCGCCCAGCUCGGCCAGGUGCUUGAGGCAGUUUGCCGACCGCGCCGUUGCGAUCACGGUGUGGCCCCGUGAGAGGGCAUCCUUAGCAAUUGCUUCGCCAAAACCCGAGGAGGCGCCUGUGAUGAGCCAGGUAGGGACGGACAUGUUGAUGGAUCUAGAUGAGGUUUUUUGGGGUUUGGUGGUCUCGGUGAGUUUUUUUUUAACUUUGAGAAUUGCAAAUGUUCUAUUCGUGGGAUAUUCUGGUUGAAUAGCGUGUAUAGUGUACGGAGUAUAUGUGUCUAUGUGAGUGUUUUGGAAUAUCAUCAUGUUGGUUGAGCAUUGAGGGAUAAGCUACCGUUUAUAUAACUUACUUUGUUUUCGGGUUUUUCCUACAUUGAAUUUAUCCCCGA